CGUCACCCGGAGCAAUUGAAUUACGAAAUGGCCGCCUUAUAUCUGGCCAUUCAAGGAUGUUCAAACGAAACGGCGGGCGGCUUCUAGCGAACCUUUCUUUUGCCGUCCCGAUGAAGCAAGUUGUUGUUUUGGGAUGUGGUGCCUGGAGCACAGCUAUUGCUAAAGUUAUCGCCGAUAACGUCGCGUCUUCAAAUGAGUUUUGUAGUAAGAUCGCUAUGUAUGUACGUGGUGAAACUCACAAUGACCGAAAUUUGGUUGAUUAUAUCAAUAACGAUCAUAUAAAUCCAGUAUAUUUGCCAUGCAUUACUAUUCCUACUAAUGUCGUAGCAAACAGUAAUAUCAAAGAAGUUGUUUCAGAUGCUGAUAUCAUAGUAGUUGCUUAUCCAUCUCGAUAUGUACAGUGGUUAAUAAAACAAAUGAAUGGGCAUGUCAAAGAAAAUGCCUACUUUGUCUCCUUCUGUAAAGGUCUUGUUUUGUAUUCAGAAGAAAAUCGAGUCAAACUAGUGAGUGAUAUGAUUCGUGAGCAAACUGGUAAAAGUUGUGUUGUUGUCAGUGGAGCUACAACAGCUAUAGAAAUAGCUGAACAACAAUUCACCGAAGUAACUAUUGGUGCUAAAAAUUACGAUCAUGGAAGUGAAGUAAAACGAUUGCUUCAGACAAAUUACUUAAGAAUGGUGAUUACACAGGAUGAUGUUGGAGUUGAAUUAUGUGGCGGUAUCAAACAUGUUGUAGCAAUCGCUGCAGGUAUCUGUGAUGGUCUAAAGCUAGGAGAUAACACCAAAUCUGCUGUACUUCGUAUUGGAUUCUGGGAAAUGUCUGAACUGAUGAAAGAGCUAUUCCCCGAUAGAGGUACUGAUUGGCUAACAAUAGAACAAAGUUGUGGAAUGGCUGAAUUAUUUAUAUGUAUGUCUCAUCGAAGCGAUGAAGUUCCGGAUUUUGGAUCAGAUUUAGAUUUAAUAAAUAUCACUGUAGGUCGUAGAUUAUCUCAUCCAGGAAGUUCUUUCAGUUUACAUCAAUUAACCAAAGACUCAAAGAGAGUGUAUACUGAUGGAGUUGAUUAUGCAAAACAGAUAUAUAAAAUAUUGACUGCAAGACAUCGUACUGGCCAUUUUCCUCUAUUUAUUGGAGUUCAUCGAAUUUGUCAAAAUGAAUUAAAACCACAAGAUUUACUCAGCUGUUUAUCAUCACAUCCGAUUCAUUCAUAACACUUUAGUUUUUAACAAUUUCAUUGCACACUUACUUUAUAGCUAGGAGUUUAUUAUUACUUUGGUAGAGCUAUCUUUUCUGAGUUGAAGAGUUUAUUCUCAUAGCUUGCAUAUUCUUCACAGACAUUGUCAGCAUUAAUGUCAGCUAGAAGUGACUGAUUCGAAAUUAUCCGUGUGUAGCUAACAAAUUAUUGUGUCAAUCUUAAAUUUGGUUGGCUAUUGUUGACACUUGUCUUGUCCUACUUUUUGGACCUAAAAGCAAUUGUGUGGACAAUAACAACACAGGUAUCACCGACAGCCAAUGAAGUUUGUUGUAGAUAAAACAAUCUGUCAUUCAUGUAUGUAGAGAAUUUUAAAUAGUUCCUUUCUAUCUGAAGUUUGUAUCUGAUAAUGCUGUUUACAAUGAAAAUGGCAAACCACCACUCAGUUCAGGAAAUACAACACAAAAAUUAACCUCCGUUGACCAGAAAUUUCCUCCGUUAUCUCAAAUUGCGAUUUCACUUUGAUCAUUUAUUUACCUGAGUCACUUUUAUCGUUUAUUGAUGAAUUAGAUUAGAUUGUUGUUUGUAUUCGUCAGUCAUAAUUUCCCUUAUUGUCUUCCUUGUAGAGAAUUUUAGUUUAUUUCUGAUUUUUUGAUUUCAGUAUUGAUUUUAUAAUGAGAGUAUCCAUUUGGCUAGGUAUAUUUUAGAUGAAAGUAUUUGUUUAAUUAUUUUUUUUAUUACUCAAAAUAUAUUUAUUGCGUUGACUUAUUUACGGACUUAGAAAAUAUGCGUAAUUAUUAUAGGUACAAAGACAUACACCUUGGAUUUUUGUAUACACUAAAAAUUACUCCAAUUUUACUCGACUGAUCUAAACUUUAUUGACGACUAGCCAUUUGUGUGCGUGAUGAUUAGAUGGAAUUGUCUUUUAUAUGGCCCUUGUAAUUCUCUGGACUAUAGGUAUUAAUCAAUAAUAAGCUUGAAUAAGUUGACAAUAUUAAAAUGCUCAUUUGUGUUGAUUAGAACAUUUUCUGACUGUCCGCCUUUUUCUCAUAAUCUGAGAGUGUUGAUAAUUUUUGCUUUAAAUUUUAAAAUUUCGCGUUUGAUUAUUUUCUGUUGAAGAAGAAUACUUGACUAUACUGUUAGUGAGAAACAUUCGUCUAGUAUCACCUCAGUACCUCUUUUAGAUGAUCUUUAUCAAAGAUCGGAGUCUACUCGAAUUGCACGAGAUUGAGCGUGACCUGGUAGCUUGCGUCGAAGUCACACCUCAUGGUUAAUACCUAGCGUGCGAUACUCUUUUGUGGUAUCCAGGUACUGUGGUUUCUGUGCUCUCCGUGUAGAACAAACAUGAAAUUUCUGAAGAAAUGUAUUAGUAUGAAAAUAUCGCACGGGUACAAGACGGAAACACUGUCGCAUGGGCCAGUAGAUUGAGGCAUCCGAUUUAGUUAUCCUUGACCUCGACUAUGUUCGAAAGACUCUGAAGACCAGUGACUUGUCGCCUGACGAACGGUUUGGCCAGAGCUCAGUGGCGUUUCACUGGCCGUAUAUUCUGAUCGUUUGAAUAACUUUCAGAGUGAGUGCAGACCAUACGGCAUAACCAUCAGUUCGGAAGGUCAUUUCUGCAGGAUCUGUUUUUGUAUGCUCACUUGGAAAUAUUGUGAAAAUCCUUUCAUAUCUGUUUUUCCUAUGUAUAGCUACUUAUAUUAUAUAUUUUUUCUUUUGUUAUUAUCUGUAAUUGUAUAUCGAUUUUCACUCUUGAGACAGAUUGCAGUUAUUUUCAAUAUAUCUUCUAAAAAUUUUGAAUCCUAAUUAUCUUUUGAUAACCAUUUUAUUUUACUUCGUUUUUUAUGGCGCUCGCCAUAUUGGACUGCCGUACUUUGGUUAUUACUUUAUGAAUUGAUUGCCUCUGCUUUGUGAGGUUGAUCUUGAAACAUGUCCUCUGUUUGUUUUUGUGUCGUUUGUUAUUAUUCAUUGGUAGGUGCAUUUUUUAAAUGGUCGUCGUUUGCUUGUUGGUUGUUCACAUUUGAAGUGACCUGAAUUGACAUACCCUACUCGGGUACCAUGAUUUUUAUCUAUCCUUACAUUUUUUCUUAUAGCAUCUCUCCUGGGUAUCUUCUGCAACGUUCUGAACGUUUGUUGCGUCAUUGUAUAGAAGUUAUUGGCUAUUACCGUCUCUUGAAUGAUCGAACUCAGUAGUGCGUGACUUAAGUUCUAUUGUUGGUACAGAUAUACUGAAUAAGUUCAGUUUCUAAAUCUUAUAAUAUCAGUCACGUAUUAAUCUAACCUCCCAUAUUGCAACUACUAUUCAGUUUUUAUUGGCUUCAUAUUGACACGAUAUUUCCGGGUUUUACACAAUUAUGUGACCAGUAAUUUAGUGAGCGAACAUUUCAAUACUUCAAUGGGUUUUAAUUUCUGACACCAAACGUACAAACUUCGUAAUUUCACAAGUACUGUAGAUCCGAACUCCGUUGUAGUCACUGUGACAUUAAUAUGACAACACUAUUCCCUCAUGUUUUCAUUAUUCAUCUGACCUAGUUCAAUAACAAUCCACUAUGUACUUGAAUCUUUGUAGUUCAAUUGUUUUCGUAAUUAAAGUGAUAAAUCGUCUUAAAGUAAAUGUCUAAAUAUAGUACAACACCUAAGCUUUUAUAUUAAUAUUUGGUGGCAAAUCUAGUUUACGAGGGAGUAGUUUGAGGUUAUUACCUAUUCAACGGUUAAAAUUCAGAUAAUGUAUCGAGUUCAAACUACUGAAGUGUCCGUUGAUUAGAAACGCAAAAUAAUUUAAUGCUUACUAUUCAAAAUAAGUGGUUAUCGGAUUGGAAGAAUGAUGGAGUAAGAUGGAUAUUACCCGCACUAUCAAAUGUACUAAAACAUGGGAAGGUUUAAUGAUCUCUAAUUAUGUACAAUCGGAUUCCGUUGAAAUCAUGGACCGACCUGCGUUUGACCACCAUCGACACCUGUAAGCAUUGGAUGGCUGUUUCCUCCAGAUAUGGGACUCGUCAGCAGUGUGCAUCCGCUGUCCUGUGUGCGGGAUCUCAGUACCCUGAGAAGUUAUGUAGAAUGUGAAACAGUUGCCCGCCUGAGGCAAUGGGGUUAGUGGUGGACUCUAAUUUAUGGACGAGUCAAUCAGAAGCGUUUGAGAAAUUUCAAGGUCACGGCGCUAAGUUCAAUGCGAGAUGCUCACAUUCGAUCAUUUUACAGCAGAUUUUAGAGAAGAGGUGAUUAUUGAGCGACUACAACAGAUGAGACUUAAGAAGUUCCUGUAUCUGUGACUGCAGCACGAUGUGCAGACUACCGUGACGAGAUUGUGUUUCGUUGUUCUAUAUGUUGGAGGAAAAAAUCUGCUCGAACUGGCACUUUCUUUGCUCGAUCACGACUCAGACUAAGGCAAAUCAUGAUAAUUGUUGCAAAUUGGAUUAUAAAGUCACCAGUAACAUUGGCUGCGGCUUUUGCAGAUGUUACAGUACGUGCAGCCUGGCAGUACGAUAUAUACCGAUGAUUGGAAAGCGUAUAGAUGCCUCCACAGACUUGGGUUUGUGCACCUUAACCCUAACCCUAUGCACUAUGAUUUCAGGACAUCUGAACCUUUAUCUAACCUUAAAAAGUUUUUAAAUCAUGUAAAAGAAGAAUAUCCGCUGUAAUUCAUAAGUUUUUUAUAAUAUAUUUUUGCUUUAUACUAACUCUUCUGACUGACUAAUGCUCUCAAGGUCACUUUAAAAUACGUUCAAAGGUCGUCCAUAAAAUAGAGUUUCACCGGGUUAGUCGAUCAACAUCGUGGAUUGGUUGGAGUUAAAGAUUAACACUGUUGGAUGCCGGCUCAGUGGACUGGAGGUCGAACGUGAAGUUUUUACGUUUAAGUCUCGGAUGAAGGGUUGUGUGUGCGUACUGUUAAACAGUCCCACACUGGAACGACACGUUCAUCCAGUGCUUGUCGGUUUUCCAUGGUGGUCUAACACUGGCCGGUUCAUGAGUAUAAUAAAAUUCAACUAUAUCCACAACCCCAAACUGAAAAAAAUACGAUUUUUUCAUUGUGAAACUAUUAUAACAGACUGAUACAAACCAUGAGAUAAUACCACGUCUCCAGGAAUUUAUAGCACAUUCUCCUCAUUUCUCAAUUUCUGUUGGUUCGAUGAGUUAGUUAUGCUCUGUUUAGAAGCAUGAUUUUCACAAAUAACGUGUCUUCUGAAGUUAGUCUAGGAUCAAUCACUGAGUCUCAUUUAUUCACUUAAUAUUUAUUUGCUUGGAUAUCAAUAGUUGAAGCAUAUUAUUCUUGGGGGUUUCUUAUUUAGCCUUUAAUCUCGGACAGUUGAGUUAACUUGAUCAUAAUAAGCGAGACAUUUACUCACCGCCGUCACUUGGAAAAUUGACAACAUGCUAAGAGUUCGCUGCUUAGUUGGCCGUAUGAAAGACAUCGUAAUGAAAAUGACACCAACAUACAUCUGAAGAUGAAUAAUAGGCGUGCACAUAAACAGUGCGGACAGAUGUGGCUUACUGGUAGUCCCACCGCGGUUCAAAACUUCCCAACAAAGCUAAAAGUGACCACUACCUGAACACCACGGUAAAAGCGUUUAUGUAUAAUAGUAAUCCCUGAACAAAAGCAAAUGUGACUCACUAGUUCGUGUAUAUGUCCUGUUUUUAUCUAACAUCCGAAUCAGCCUCGCGUGCUCAGUGGUCUAGUGGUUAGGUGUUCGCGUGCGAGACUGUUAGGAACUGGAUUCAAAUCACGCGAGACGGGUUCGUGGAUUCGGACUGCUGAGUCCCACAAUAGAACGGAACGACCGUCCAGUGCUUUCAGGUUUUCCAUGGUAUUCUAGUCUCAAAUGACUAAUGAUCUUAACCACUGAAACAAUUGGUAAUCAAUUAACGAGAGAGUAUUUUAUAUCGCAAAAAACGUAAACUGUUCGAGAUAAACAGGCUUGUAUAUUGGAGUUCUUUAGUACAUAUAUCUCGGCUAGUAAUACUGUAAGGACCGGCUGGAAAGCAAAACUAACGAGCCAAAGUUUAUUCAAGAAGGUCAGACCACGCCCUUCUGUAUGGCGUGCGAAGCGUUUUUGAGUGACUCAUAUCAAAACACAAACUUUGUGCUCAGUUUGAACGUUUUGUAGUCUGAGAAAGGGAACAAAUUAUAUCAAAAGUACAAAAUACCUCAAACAGUUCAGCCUGUGAUUUACGAUCAAAGGUUUUCUAACACUAAUUGGCGUGCUGAACAACAAAAGGAAUAGAUAAUAAACAAGAGUUCGAUAUCUGGGAAACAAUAAAAAUAUUUUCAACAAGACGGGACAAGAUAUGUGUCCGCAAGGGUACCAAAAACUUUUCCAAGCAGUUAGUCAAAGGUUAAUAGCCAUACACUGAAACACACCUAGAACUUGAGUUCGGUCAAACGCGACCUCAUUGUCAGUAGUCCGGUAACAUACAACAGAAAAUAAAUAACCAAGAUAAAUAACAAAAUCCCCGACAAAGAUUGAAGAACAUAAUAGGUGGUUAAGACGAUACCUGAAUAAAGGGUAAAAUAUAAGACAGGGAGUAGAAACAAAUAAAUGACAUUACUGUUCAACGGAAUGCUGUGGAUGGAUUUGUGAUGUUUUCUUUCUGUUACGCUUACAUUUAGUUCAUUUUCUACAGCCAGACAUGCUCGUUUGUCUCAAAAAAUUAAAUUUCUGUGGAGCAUGCACAUUGCCCUGACGUCUGUUGAGGAGUAUUUUUUUCACUGUUCUGUAACUCACCCCCAAGCAAUUAUCUGUCAAGUGAAGUGCAAUCAUACCAAAGAAAACUAAUUGCUAGACGUUGGAUGGUAUACUGAACUCCGCCUACGUAGUAGAUGAUCAAUGUGGGUCGAUCAGUAUGUGGCAGUUCCAUCACAUGGGGCUAUGAAGUCUCAUUCGAUGUACAGUAACUUUUGCUAACUUGUUAUGCUGAAUAAAUCCACGACAUUUCACUUAAACUCAGGCGGUUGGGGGUUACUUGAACAAUAUAAUUAGGUUAACUAUUAACUACAAUAGUCUCGAAAUUCAAAAGCCAUAUUAGGUUAUUAUAACCAUAGUUGCCCACCAUUGAUCAGCUGGUGAUUUUGAUGAAUGAUCCAAUGGACUUUCAAUACCUUUGCUACAAAGAUCGUGGUGUGAAAAACAUAAUUCAUCGGAUACCAUUCAACUGUGUUUCACUGAUCGUUCAUUUAAAAUGUUUACACUUCUGUUAGGCUGCAUAUUCAAGAAAUAUGUCUGUUUGGUAAUGCAACUGAUUAUAGAAGAGAUUUGUGAGUUAAAAAUUGGUGAGAUGUGCCUACUCUCUUUGGUCGCAUUUCCUGGUAUAUUUUGUUCCAAUAGGUUCAACGAUGAUUCAACCCAAUGUUAAUUCAGUUAAUGGAUAUAUUGAACUUAUCUUCAAGAAAGCAGCUCAAUUUGUUGAAAAAAGGUUCAAAUCUAAUUCGGAGAAACCAUGGGGUUCAAAAUUAAAGUUUUAGUAUGUUUUCGGGAACUUUGUUCACUGAUUUCGCAUCACGGCUGACGUUAUGUUGGUUCAUGUGUCUCAGCGUUUUAUAUCUCUGCAGCUUACAAAGCUCAAACGCUCGGUCAUAAAGAACUCAUUAGUUUCAUUCCAGCAUCACUGGAUGUGAUAUAAGUCAUUUGUUUGGAACACCCAAUAGUAUAUUGGUGAGAACAGAGUGAGAGUAUAACUUUUGGAGCUAUCAAACGAAGGUUUACCAUUCAUAUUUCCUUUGUGUAACAGAUAUUUGGUUGUACUGUUGUACUUUUCUGUUCUUUUACUUAGAAGCUAUUAGUUGGUUUGAAAUUUGUUGUCGUCUGUCUCAUUAUACCAGAUUAACUAAAUUAUUUCUCGGUUUUCUG